CAAACAGAAGUGGUGCGCAUGGCUCCUUUGCUCUGGCAGCGCACUUUGAAGUUUGAGGCUUGGGCCCACUGAGCCUGCAGCUGAGCAGGGGAGCAGAUUUGGCAUCUUCCGUUGGACUUACGAUCACGCUUGAAGCUAAAAUGGCUGACAUCACCCACGACGUCAUCGUGGUGGGCGCUGGCAUCAUGGGCAGCGCCACUGCUUGGGAAUUGACGCGCCGUGGUCGAACGGUGCUCCUUCUUGAGCAGUUUGACUUCCUGCACCGGCGGGGGUCCAGUCAUGGGGAGUCAAGGAUCAUUCGGCGCACAUAUCCGCAGGACUAUUACACUAAAAUGAUGGAAUUGUCGUAUAACCUAUGGGAAGAGGCACAGCAGGAGGCGGGCGUACGGGUUUAUACCCAGACAGGGGGCCUCGACUUUGGGCGGCGCAACAAUGCUGAAGUGCAGGGCCUCAUCCGCUCCUGCGAGGUACACAAAGUCGAGCACGAGGUCUUGACCGCCGCAGCCGCGAUGGACCGCUUCCCGCAGCUGCGUCUCCCAGACGACCACGUGGCCAUCUACAGCCCCGCCGCAGGUGUGCUCAACGCCACAAAGGCUGUCGCGAUGUUUCAGCGACUAGCCACUGCACGGGGUGCAACGCUCAGGGACCGAAUCAAGAUAGAGCACAUCGGCACGAAGCGGCUUGUUGACGGGUCGACCGGGGUAGAAGUUUUGGCGAACGACGGACGCACGGUCUUUGCGGGCAAGAAGUGCGUCAUUGCAGCAGGCGCAUGGAGCAAGUCGCUUUUCAAAAAGAUCGCCGGGGUUGAGGUGCCGGUCGAGCCCCUUCAUACGACUGUCGCCUAUUGGCGCACUAUUGGCACGGACGGCUUCAGUGCCGCUAAGGGCUUCCCCGUCUUCAUCAACUACGAGCAGCCGGCGCUCAUCUACGGCAUGCCGUGCCUCGAGUUUCCCGGCCUCCUGAAGGCCGCUUUCCACCUGGGCCCGCUCUGCGACCCGGACGCCCGCGCGCCGGAGCCGCUCCUCGCGGACGUCCACAAGUACGUGGUGCCGUUUCUGAGGGAAAAGUUUGGGAGUGCUGUGAGGACGGACGCGCCCGCGCUUGCGGAGGGGUGCAUGUACUCCAUGACGCCAGACGAGGAUUUCAUCCUCGACUUUCUGCCGCUGCCCGACCAACCGAAACAAAAGGGCCCAAUUCUGGUUGCGGCUGGGUUCUCCGGCCAUGGCUUCAAGUUUGGCCCCCUCAUUGGGAAGAUCAUGGCCGAUCUAGCUACAACCGGAAAGUGCCCCGAAGUUCCUUUACAUCGAUUUGCGCUUGGCCGCUUCGAAAGCAAACCCUCUGUGGAGCUGCCACGUGGCGAGGAGGUGGAAGAGCUCUUGGCUCGACGAGCGAGGUUGUGAGUCUUGCACGAGGUCUCUAGAGGAGAGGCGCUCGUCCCGAGUAGCGAACAUCCGCUUACAUACGCCGAACUAGAUCAGGCCAGAUCCCGCGUCUGGUAAACGAUCACGUACUUUGGUAAACGACCACGUUGUGUCAAGGUUAGGUGUACAGUAUCCGCGCGCUUUCGAGCAUAUCAAGGGUUGUCAGGUCGUCAAUUUCGUGUCACUCGGAAGAUUUCGGCGCCAGCACGCUUGUAUAGAGAAGUACAUAGAUAGGACUCUCGAAACCUCAUGCGUUGAACUGGACAAGCACGCGGUAGUGAUAACCAACCCCUCUGCAGUUGCCGUAACAAGUACGGCGCGGUCUCAAGUAGGUUGACAACUAUUUCAACGAUGCGGUGGUGAUAAGGCGAAUGUUACUAGACGGCAAAAUACAUGGGUGAACCUCGAUGGGUAAAUUGUACUUCACAUAUUCCUAAGAAGGUCUAGCUCGUGUGAAUUGUACUUUACAAGUUCCUCGUUCAAAGGUCUAGUUUACCAGCAACCUAAUCGACCGUUCGUAUUGCUGUAAAGCACUGCACCACGGUGUUGCCUACAGUAGCGGACAGUGGGAGCGAGUACACAAUUUGUUGCGAGUCUGAACAUUUGAUUAGAAAAUUAAGCUACUCUACCACUGCAUGUACACUUCCUACGUACAGAAUAUAGGGG